CCUUUAACCUUUCAAACAUUCUGAGUACGGGCCUGAUAUCUACAAUGAUGUGAUUUAAUAUAUGCCAAUCUCUUGUGAACUUUAAGUAAUACCACAGCUGCUUGAUAUGUAGUGCUUACAAUGCUGGCAUGGUCAUGGACAGUUAGUGCUCAACACCCUUGAAAGUAUUAGAUUUCUGAUCCUAGUGUGCUUACUAUUACUACGAUCUGGAAAGAACUAUUUCUAAAACGCUUAAAUGUAGCGUUUAUCAAGCAUACGUAAACCUGAUUGUGGCAGCCGUUUGGCGUCAGUUACGCAUGGGUUACACGAGGUUAUAUAGUUGGGAUGCCUCGUGACGUAAAACCGAGAAUUAUAACAGUGUCAACAUGCGUAUAUAAUUCAAUGUGUGCAUAUUUCUUUCUCUUCGAUUCAGUGGCGUUUUAAAUGGAAGGAAGUGAGGAAAACAUUUGUUGGCCUAUAGAUAUUUUUGUUCAGAAACUUCCAAAGCUGGAAGUUCAUGCCCACCUAAAUGGAUCAAUUAGCCUCAGUUCUUUAAAUAAACUUCUCCAUAAGAAGAAUUCAGAAAAUCUGGAGCCAGUUAAAGAAAGUAUAACUUUUUCCAAAAGGGACACACUCUCUCUAACAGAGAUUGAGCAAACAGUAAGUUCAUUCAAAGACAGAGCACUACCUCACCAGAAAACUAUUUUGCCAUGCCAACUGGAGAGCUUGGCAACAUGUGAUGUCAUUCAAGAGUUUGCCCAAGAUAAUGUCCAUUAUCUGGAGUUACGCAGUACACCACGAGAAGUUGCUGGGCAGAUGUCACGAAGGAGCUACGUUGAAACGGUUUUGGCUGCCAUUAACAAGAGUCAGGAACUUGGUUUGGAUAUUAUAGUCAAAUUCUUGUUAUCUAUAGAUCGCCGAAACCCGCUGGCAGUGGCUGAGGAAACUGUUCACUUAGCCAAAGAGUUUAUGUUAUCCAGUGAUGCCAUGGUUGGAAUUGAUUUAAGUGGAGAUCCUUGUGCGGGUGAUGCUUGUAGCUUCAUUCCAGUUCUUUCUUGUGCUAAGAAUGCAGGUUUGAAGUUAGCUCUCCACUUAGGUGAGGUCCCUGAUAAAAAUGCUGAAUGCAGAGAACUGUUGAAGUUGUUUCCUGAUCGCAUUGGUCAUGGUACAUUUCUACAUUCAAGUAAAGGAGCCACAAAUGAUGUGUUCAGUAUUGUUUGUGUCAAUCAAGUUCCUUUAGAAAUCUGCCUUACAUCCAAUGUAACAUCUAAAACAGUAUCAUCAUACAGUGAUCAUCAUUUCAACUUAUGGUAUUCAGCUGGUCAUCCUUGUAUACUGUGUACAGAUGAUAAAGGUGUAUUCCAGACUUCAUUAUCAAAUGAGUAUCUCAAGGCAGCUGAGCAUUACCACCUGAACCAGGAGCAACUAUGGAAUCUUUCAUAUUCUUCUAUUGAUCACUGUUUUGCUGAUUCAGAAGUGAAAUCAGUGCUCAAAGAAAAAUGGAAACAAUUAAAAAAUGAAUUAUUACCUGCCUGUCCUGAAAUGGUUAAUUAAGAAACUUGAUAUUUUAUUGAAUCUUUUUUAUGUGUAGAAAUACUUUUUUUUAGUAUUAAUGUUUUAGGAUAGAAUCACACGUUUGUUUCAGAUGAAUUCAUAGUCUCUAUGAAAUAACAACAAUAUGGUAAUGUAAAUAAAACGUGGUUUGUUGUUUUUCAUCGAGUCUUUCAAUUUUUUUCCAUUUUUUGAAGUAAAAAAUAAUUAAAAAAUAGUAAAAAUAAAGGAAUUGUUUGUCAUUGGAAUAAUUGUUAUGGACAGUGUUGUUUAAAAUAGUGAAUUUGCUAAUUGAUCAGAAAGAUUCUUAGUGUUAAUUGAUUUAUUUUUUCCUUGGGUUUUUUAGAUUGAUCUUGAAAGUGUUUGUUUAACAGCAUGGUUAUUCAUUCUAAAAUGUAGAGUUUAUUAUAAACUUAAUUACUUCAGUACUUA